ACCAUCGCAAAUUGCUGAGCGCUAGUUUAGAACGAGAUCGACCUAAAGCAAGCUUAAUUCAAGCAACAUGCGCACCUCCACAUUGCUCGCAACAUUAUUUCUCAGCCUGGCGACAUACGACUGUCGAGGAUACAGCUAUCCACCACCACAUAUACCUCUACAUCAGAACAGCGGAGUACGUCCAAUAUACGGACCUCCGGCGCCGCCAGCAGGCAAUACUGUGCCGUGUACUGACCAUACGUCGCCUGAAGCAAGCCUGCAGGUACCAGUCGUAACCGCAGUAGUUCGCUCACUGGGUCCACCCGGCAGAAAUUAUGAAGUGAAACUCUCCCCAUCAAAUCAACACAACUUGGGUCAGGGCGUAAUAUCACCACAUGCAGCCAGGCUGGCAGGGACAGAUAUUAAUGCAGCCGGUAACUUCCACUAUGUGAAUCCCGCAACAAAACACUUGCCACCGCAAGCACAGCUGCAGCCACAUUAUCAAACGUUCACCGGCGGAUCUCCUCAGCAAUAUGGUAACGGCGCAACUGCUGCUCGACCGGCUUACACGACGCAUUAUAAUCCAUUACUAGUGUCACAACAUUCUCAACAAAGUCUACACUCUUCUUUUACACCACCAGCUCCACAAGCAUUCCCGAAUCACGGCAAUCACCCACAGCCACAACAUUUUUCUGGCGCUACACAAAACAAUGCAUACCCCCUGGCAGGCGGUACAUCCAACUCGCAGCUUGCUUUCCAACAGUCACAAAACGCUGCCAGUUCGGCUACCGACGGUUCUACGCCAGGCGUGCCGGGCGUGCCGGGCAAUUAUAUUUCACAAUCCGAAGUCGGUCAACUUGAUCAUUAUUUCGAAAAACAAAACCCGCUAGGCGAUACACGCUCUUACUCACGUAUCAUCAACACUUGUUAUCCCGAUGGCCAUUGCGAACAAAAGCAAUUGGGCGCAGGGCAAGUGGAUCAAGGACACCAACAUGUUGUACUCACGGCGCGCGCGCGUGUGCAACCGAUAUCCGAUAAGUGUCACGCCUUAGCAGGUCAGAACUCUGGAGCAGGCCAAGGCUCCGGUGCUGGUCAAGGCGCUGUGUCCACAGCGAAUGCUGGCUCUGUGAGUGUGGGUAGCUCUUUGGUGAAUUCCCAGCAACGUCCGCCAAAUCGACGGCUUUAUCCGUAUGGCGAGGUAGUGUUACCGCGCGAUCCAUUCAAUUGAAUGCCCAAAGAAUAUGCAAAUUAAGCUUAA